UUUGAUUUGAUAGGUUAUUUUAAGUUGCAUUAAAAACACUUUAUUUUCACUCUUGUUUUUAUAAGUCGAAGGGUUCCAAGCAGCGGCGUGAUUUACCAAAAGUAAACUACGGUUCGUUCAUAAAGGUUUUGAGCUACCGACAAAACCAAUGAUUGAAGUGCUACCGGUGGAACUUGUGGAAGAGAUUCUUUUAUACUUGACUGUUAUAGACGUAUACAACUUCUUUCAAGCAUUUGACAAAAAUCACCAUUUACUUUCUGAACAUUUCUGGAGAAAAAUAUGUUUAGGCGAAGAUUUUCUUAAAGUUUACAACCGCUUGGAAUGGUUUGAGUGUUUUGAGAUAGGUAUGAACAAAAGACUCGGUAAGGUUGAUCACUGUUGUGAGCCUCCUGUUGGGAAACUGGAGCACGUUUAUUCAUCCUCGAUAGUUGUGAGAGACGAUGCAUACAAUGUUUACAGUUUAAAAGGCGGAGGCAGUUUUGAAUUAGUCCAGAGCAUAUCAUCGCCCACAAUGUACUUUAAGGAUGAAUUUGUUUUUACUCAGACGGAACAACAAACCACAUUGUACCGACAUAACUGGGAAUCAAAUCAGUUUGAUGUUUGUGCGACAAUCGAGGAAACUUUAGAUGUGAUUGGGAUAUCAAAUAAAUAUUUUGUGAUGUUUCAAUCAAAAAAGAAGCUCAUAAAAAUCCACUAUUUAAGUAACAACAAGUAUACUACUUUGCCGUUACCAGAAGAUGUGAAAUUCAUCAUUGAAAAAAUAUUACACAAUGAUAACAUUGUUAUAUCGGCAGUUACAUUCAAUGAUGGAUAUAGAAUCAAAACGUACGACAUAUCUCAAUCCAAAUGGGUGUUGGAUUUGAAAUGUUUCACCAGCACCGGUAUAACUAACGAUCCCAACGUUUGGGUUGGUGACAACUUCAUAGCGUGUUGUGACGCCUCUUAUCGUUUACGGGGUAUUUAUUUUGGACCAUUCAAAGUUUGGAAUAUACAGGGUGAAAAAGUGAUUGAAGCUGAAAUCGACCCGUCAAAUCAACAUUAUCUCCGCUGUUUCUUCAAAGAAAAACAUAUCUUGCUUACCACAUCGGAUAACUGCAUUAAAGUUUUUAACAGUUCAGGGAAUAAUAAGUCGAGUAUCCAAUUCAAAACAACUUUUCAAGACAUUAAACUGAGCACAGGUAAUUUACUGUUUGUAAUGAUAAAUGAUAAUCCAUUAGUUGAGAUUUACAAUUGGAAAACCUCUUGCUAUUUGUACAGUUUGUCCUUGACUUACAUUUGCAAUAAUUCUUUACUCAGUGAAAAUCUAUACUGUCCAUACAACAACAAUAAAUAUGAAGUGUUUAGAUUUUUGUAAAAAGAGUAGAUAUGCUUUAACUUAUUUUGUAGGAUUUCAGGAGUUAUCUUUUAAAUUAUUAUUGGGAUUUAAAUAAGUUCCCUUCUCCAAAUGUUGAAAAUAAAAGCCCUGGUCCAGGUCCUCUAUAAAACCAUUUUUACUAGGCAAAAAUCAAAGUUGGGGCUAAAAAUUGAAUGAACUCUGUUAGGCAAAGUAAACCAAAGAUAGUCAAAAAUAAUAAUUGUAAGAUAAAAAUCCACACUUUUUAAGAAACAUGGGGGUAAAACUAAUUUAUAAUCCAGCCAGUAUAUUUAAGCAAUGAGGAAUAAAUUACAAUGAUGUCCAAAAAAAGGUGAAAACAAUGA